AUGCUCCGCCGCAAACCCACCGCGCUGACCAUCACCAACGAAGACAUCGCCGCCUUUGACGAGGCCUACCUCCGCCGCCUCGCGUACGCCAAGUACCUCAAGACGGGCGAGGACCCGGAGGGACUGUUCGGCGGCGGCAAAAGCAACCACCACCACGGCGGCGGCAGCAACAAUCACAACGGAGCGAUGACGAGGGCGACCACCACCGGUGGUGUCGGGGUUGGGUUCGACGCAGCCGGGGGCACACAGGCGCAGGCACAGGCGGCGGUGGUCGAUCCGAACGACGAGCUCAAGCCCUUGCCCGGCGACAAGGCGCGGAUCGUGAGGAGCCGCGAGGAGAGGAUCAUGGGCGGCGGCGGCGCCACGGGAGGAGGAGGGCGGUGA